CCGGGGCUGGACGCGGUUCGGUGUGGCUCUUCUCCUCUGUUCUUGUGUCCACAGAUGUGCGCAGACUGAAGCGCGGCUCCCAUCCGUCUGUGAGUGUGUGUCCGUGUGUGAGUCCACCGCACGCACGCGCACGCACGCACGCACACACACAUCACUUUUAUUCCAUGUACUGCGGCUGCGGAAGCUUCGUGUGAAUGAAAGAGACAGAAAGGCGCACAGAGGAGACCCAGGCUGUGAAUGCUGGUCCGGUUGGAUGCUUCUGUUUGUCCGGCAAGGCCGACCUGACUAAUCAUCCAAGGUGUCAAGCCUGUCGCCAUCCGAUGCCCCCCCCCCCCCACAGUGUGAUGCAUCAUGGCUCCGGUGCUGAAUGGAGUGUGGUGGGGGCCCGAGGCGGGCGUCGUUGGUUCAGGGGCAGCGGCCGCCGGCAGUGUAGCGUCCUGGUUGGGCAGUGAACAGCUGGUCCUGGUCUGCACCCUCAGCACCCUCACUGCUCUUCUACUGGUGUCGGUGCUGCUGCUGCUGUGUGCCGGCUGCCAGGGGCAGAAGAAAGCAGUGAAUGGCCAUCCAGCAGGAGACCAUGAGAACCUCAUGAAUGGCGUGUCAGAGCGAGAGACCAUCAGCCAAUCAGCAGACAGUCCAGCCACCGACUUGGCCAUCAGCAGCUCUCACAACGGCCCUCUAACCAGCGGUACAAUUCUCACAGACACACAGGACACCAGUCCCCAGCCGUCAGAGGAGAUGCUCUCCAGCCAAUCAGAGCUCAGGUCCUCCAAGUGUCCUCAGGACCGGGAGCUUCCUAGCAUUCCUCCUAACAACGCCCUUAUUGGGGACAGACCUCCACCCUCUGGGGACAGCACCUAUGAGGUGGUGAAGGAGAUUGCAGCAGCAUCACGUGACGUCAGCGUUGAAGACUCACUGUACGAAACAGUUAAGGAGCUCAAAGACCCCCCCGUGCAGCUCGAACUCCCUAAUGGUACUGCCCAGCUACCCCCCGAUGAGCCCCCACAUCCUGCUCCUCCUACCCUCCUCAACGGUCACCUCAGUCCCUGCACACCGGAGCGUGGACCCCUGUGUAUGGGGGUGGAGUACGCCUCGGUGGACCUGAACAAGAAGAGCCGCCACAGUGCUGACGUCGACGCCAAGAGGCACUCUGAUAACCCCAGCGUCCCCCAUAAGCCUCUGGAGGAGCCAGAGGAGGACCUACCACCUCCUGUACCAGAGAAGGUUCUGGAUGAAAAUGACAACCAGCCAGUGGUGGUGAACGGGCUGGUGGGGGCGGGGCUCCACAACGGAGAGUUACCUUCUCCUCUAUCUCCUGCACCAGGGUUUGGUAACCAUAUUCUGUCAGACAAUGAGUCUCCAGUAUACUCUACAGUCAACAAAACCCACUGUGACAACGCGGUCAAUGAAGAAGACAAAGAGCAUGACUACAGCAGCAUCGCAGAGAUCAAAGGUCUGGUCCCGGCCUCAUCCUCCAGUGACCUGUACGCCACUGUGAAUGACAUCUACGCUCAUCCUGACGAUCCUCAGCCAGGGGAAGAGCCCAGUUUGGACAGCACAGAUCCCGACUAUGAAACCAUCCGCAUCCCAAAGACUGGCAGCUCUGAUGAUGAGCACAGGGCCGGGCAGGGAGCGGAGGGCUCCGACGGCGGGAAGCCAGAGCCCGAUUAUGAGAGUGUGGGAGAGUUAGGUCUGAGUCAGGAACUGUCCCGCCUCUGAGAUCCAUGGGUUUUUUUCAUUUUGUCUCCUUCAUCUGUGGCUUUUCUCUCUCUGUGACACGUCAGAGACACAUCACUGUAGUGCUUUGAACCUGCUACCCAGCAUGCUCUUUGUGCAUGACUUGGAGAAAUAAUGGAAAUGGUUCACAACAGAGUUCAUCAUCAAUGCACGUGUCCUCUUUCUGGUUUGGGUACGGUUUAUCAUGUCAGUAUUUGACUAAUUUAAUUUAUCAGUCAGGAUGAAUGUCAUUGGUACACAUAGGCCUGCUGGUUAAUGAAUGGUACCACAGUCAUCAGGCGUUAAUCGUAUGGAAGAAUGCACUUUGGUUUAUUUUUAACCAUUUAACACCCAUUCUUUUCCUGGAAUGCUAACUCUAGCUAAGGGUUACCAGAGUGUGUAAGGGUAAGACCCAAAUACAUGUAAUGUAUUAAACUUGGAUUUGAAAGGGAAUAUCUUCUAGUUUCAAAGAUCCAAUGUAUCCCUAAACCCAUGAUAGGGUCACUUCCUCUGUAGUAACCCUACCGCUACCUGAGUGUUAGCCCUAGCUAGUUAGUGCAAAGCCAAAAUGCAUGUUUUAUUCUUUAUUUGAAAGAGAUCAUGUGCUCGUUUCUGUUUUGAACAUGUGACUGAAACUACACUGGGUUAAAUAUGGCUCAAAUGUAACUUUGUAACCCCAUCCUGCACCCAGCAUGAGGACUAACACUCAGCUAGGGUUAGGGUUAGAACAGAAGUUUAAAGCCAAAAUACAUGGAUUACACUUCAUCCUCUAGUUUCUGUGUUUAACAUGUGACUGAAACAACCGAUCCAUAACCCUUAAAGGAGUCAGCGCUAACCUGAUGGAUGUUAAGAAGUUAACUCGCUCU